AUAAGACUGCUUUUGUGCUUCAUGUUCACAUGAUAAAAAAGUGUUGGUCUGGCUGACUUGUGUUUCUUGUAGUGUUUUAAAGGGAUAGACCCAGAAAUAUAUCUGCUGAACACACAAGAAGAUAUUUUGAAGAAUGUCGGCCCCUGUGAAGCGAUUGGUUUGCCGACGUUCUUCAAAAUGCAGUAAUCAAAACAUUCAAAGUGGAUCGUAAGCUUUUAUCAAAGUUGUGCUAAAACCAAAAACCCACACAAUACCCGUUCUUGUCUUUAGGACAACUUUAAUGAGCUUUUAUGAUCCACUUCAAAAGUGUACUAUUGUAGAUCUGCUUGUAUUUAGCAGGAAAAAGAAGUUUCAUUAGAACUCAAGAAGUCUCCUCCGAUCUCUAAAGGUUUGUUUUCGAGUGAUUCUACUUCUAUAGGGGGGUCUAUCAGAUACAGAUCCUCGGUCUGACGUUAUCACAAAUUAUGAGUCGAGAGCAAAAUAUGCAAAAUCAUUUUUAAAAUAGGAAGUGUGUAUAUGUGUGGUCGAAAUGUAGCAUAAACAUAAAAUGUAAAGUCUGACAUUAAACAGUGUAGAUUUAAUUGAUUAAAACUAAUUCAGCAAUGAUAUUUAAUUUGAUUAACCAUUGAGAAUAAUAGAACUUUUCUCAAGAUUAUAGUUUAAUAGUUUAACAGACUUUUGAUUUGAAACACUAUUAUGUUUGGUGUAUAUUGCAGUCAGGUUAGUUGGUUUUGAAUUAAUUCUGUAUUUAUCCAGCAUCUUAAUGGGAAAAGGCAGAAUUCAGAAGUGUCGGCGUUUGUUUUUCAUCAGCGCUAAGCAGAAGUGUUUGUCCGUGCUGACUCGGCGUGCUGUAAUGUUUUGAUACCACGGGUAACCGGGUUGGGUGUGACCCGUUCAGUUUCCUGCGAGCUGAUUGGAGCAGGAUAUUAUCUGAAGGCACACACUUAAACAUUCAGAUCAGUGUUUUCAGUUUCAUUUACACGCACCAAAGUGACACGGUAACACCCGAGCGAGAUGAGUACUAGGUAAAUAGACUCCUCGUUGAUUGAGGUUUUCUGUGAUUCAGCGAUGGCUGGACCGAGGCCUGUGGUGAUGAGCGGACCGUCUGGAGCCGGAAAAAGCACUCUGCUCAAGAGGCUGCUCAAGGAGUUUGAAGGCGUGUUUGGCUUCAGCGUUUCCCAUACAACGCGGAGCCCCCGACCAGGAGAGGAGAACGGCAAAGAUUAUCACUAUGUCACCAGGGAAGUGAUGCAGGCGGCCAUAGCACAGGGUGAAUUUAUCGAAAAUGCUGAAUUUUCAGGGAACAUGUAUGGAACAAGUAAAGCAGCUGUGCAGGCCGUUCAGGCCAAAAAUUUGAUUUGCAUUUUGGACAUUGACAUGCAGGGAGUGAAGAACAUCAAGAGAACCGAUCUCAACCCCAUCUAUGUGUCCAUCCAGCCUCCGUCGAUGGAAACCCUGGAAAAACGACUAAGGGAUAGAAAAACUGAAUCUGAGGAAAGUCUACAAAAACGUUUACACGCAGCCAAAGUUGACAUGGAAAUAAGUAAGGGUAAAGAGCCAGGUUUAUUUGAUGUGCUGAUUAUCAAUGAUGACCUUGACUUGGCUUAUGGGAAAUUAAAAGAUGCUCUUCUUGAGGAAAUCCAGAAGGUCAGAGACAGCAACCAAUCAUAGGCGAGAGUGCACCUGCUGACCACGGAGACCUUCCCCUUCACCUCCAGCUUCAAACCUCAACAUUCCUCCAGGAAAGACUUCCUGAGGUUCAGGCGAUGCUCAAACACCGCCGAACCUUACAAAUAUAUUCAUUACUAUACGGUGCAAGACUGAUAUAUUCCUAGCUCAUUCUACGACCACUUACGUUACUUCCUGGGCUGAAGGUCAGAAGCCUGAAGAUUCAACCAUGAAACACUCUAAACUUUCAAGUCCUUGUCUUUUUCUCAUUUUUUUUAAACCAAUGGAAAAGAUAAUACAGAUCAUAGACUUUAUAUAACUUUCCAGCAUGUUCACUAAUUUAUUGGGGGGUUUUUUCUAUGCUGAUCUUUUAUAAUAACUCAUUCUUUCCUUUUUUGCAAUGUUUUAGCAUUCGGAGCAGCGUGUUGCUUUCGUUCAUAUAAGUGCAUCCGAACAUCUGACAUCGUACAAGUCCGGUAAAGCUCGCUUUAACUCAUUUUUAAAAGACGGCGUCUCCUCUGCCGACGUCUUGAACCGCGUACACCGCACAUUAGUCGGAUUGCGCUUUUCACUUCAAUAUGUUUACCAGCUUUGAAAGUUUCAGAGCCGACUGUUUUUAGCGCAAGGCAGCUUAUAAACACAGCCACUAGUCUCUAAGCAGGUUUAGGAGACAUUAUUGAUGCUUUUAGUCUUAUACAGCUCAUCUUUAAUAGAUUGUUCCUCUAUUAAAUGUGACCAUCAAGUAAUAUGGAUACCAAGAUGUACGUUUCUCCCAGCCUUUAUAGUACUGUGUUACUCGGCGUUUGAACGUGAAAGAGAUGUAAUAUAAUAACUUGUGAUGUACAGAGCUACUAACGAAACACGAAGUUAAUCAGAAGCCAGUUGAGCAGACUCCGGAUGUUUCCGGCGUGUGGAGCCAUCUUGUGUAUGUGGAGCAUUUACAAGUUGACUCUUUUUAUGAUUUUUAUGGUUUUUGUUUUUAAAUACGCUUGAAGGUCAUGCCAGGCUUAGAGUCCAUGGUCUUUCUCGUCAUUCCUUGGUGCAUCUUUAAUAUUUCCUUGAGAGACAUCUAUCAGAUGUUUGUGGUGUUUGUGAAAUCCGAAAAAUGCAGUUCAUGUCUAAACCAAAUGUCGCCUUUUCCUUUUUUUUUAUUCUAGAAUUAUUUACAUGUACCGUGCAAGUAUAAUAAAGCCACAUUAAUACAGUGA